AUGUUCAUGAAAAAUAACGAAAUUUUAGAAUUGAACGUCUUGCGCAAACGGCGCAAGGGGGCGGAAGCGGAGGAAACUACUGAAACUCCUGGAGGUGCAAAGAAAAAGUUGGCAAAGAAAUCGUCAUCAUCCAGUAGCGAGCUGGUCACUGCUUAUGGCGAUGUAGCAAAAGGAGCGGAAGUACCACCACCAGCGGGCGCUACGAAACCAACUGAUCCAUCGAAGCCAACUGAUGCACCUAAACCAGCUGGCACUUGA